CUUUACCCACUUGCCUCUUCACAUUCACAAUACAAAGUGGGACCAUCCACCACUCUCUCUUGACCCAAAGUCUCCUUCUUCUUCUUCUUCUUCUCCUUCCAACUCUUAUCCUCAAACCUUCCUUCUUCCACAAUUAUUUAACCACCCUCCCUCCUUCCUUCCUUUUCUAACAAACCGUUUCAUUAAUUUCUUCUCUUUUUCUCUAAUUCACACAAACACAUGACACGUACUCUUAGAUCCCUCACAUCCACAGCCGACAACGCCACCGUCGUUGCCGCCGCUCCGCCGCCCGAGGCUGUGGCUCUUGAAUCCGACUUCGUCGUCAUCCUCGCAGCUCUCCUCUGCGCCCUCAUAUGCGUCGUCGGUCUUGUCGCCGUCGCCAGGUGCGCCUGGCUCCGCCGAGGCUCCGCCGCCGGAGCCUCACCGCGUCAGGCUCUCGCCAACAAAGGAUUGAAGAAGAAGGUUCUCCAGUCGUUACCGAAAUUCGCCUACGUUGACGGAGGAGAUCCAGAAUCCGGAUUCGGUAGCGGUGCCGGGUGGAUGGUGACGGCGGAGUGCGCGAUCUGCCUUUCGGAUUUUGCCGCCGGCGAUGAGAUCCGCGUGUUGCCGCAGUGUGGCCACGGGUUCCACGUGGCCUGCAUAGACACGUGGCUUGGAUCACACUCUUCUUGCCCUUCGUGCCGACAGGUUUUAGCGGUUGCGAGGUGCCAGAAGUGCGGGAGGUUUCCCGCCACCGGAGCUGGAAGCUCCGCCGCAAGAGCGGCGAUCAAUGAACCUGAGCUGAAGUCGAGAGAAGACGACAAUGCCGUUUUUAACGAUAACACUAAUAACAGUAACAGUAAUAGCGGCGGUUUCAGCUGUAAUAGCAACAGUAGUAGUAGCAACACCAACAAUAAUAGUGGUUUCUUGCCUUGAAGAAACAGUUGUAGUUUUUUGUAUGUAUCUGUAGGCUCUUUUUUAGCAUUAUUAUUUUACCUUUUCUUUUUUGUUUUUAAAAUAUCAUCAUCACUUGGAAGCUGUUGGUGGUUGAGAUUGUAAUUUGGGCAAUCUAAAUCUUUCGCAUUAUAAACCUUGCCAAUUGUUAGUAUUAUUGUUACUACUUGCUGUGUAUAUUUUGGCAAUUUAAAUUUAAUCCAAUGUAAUUGGUAGAGUUA